AUGGAUCAACCUUCAGAAAAGACCUAUUAUGAGGCUAUCAAAUUUUUGUUACUUUUGUCUCCUAAAGGAAAAUCUUCUGCUAUCCAGUAUGCAGCCCAGGAUCCACUGGAAAAUCUGGGCUUAACCGAAGCCAUAAUAAGCAAAACCACUUCGUCGGGACUGGUAAAACUUCUUGCGAAGAAGAAGAAAGGAAUGAUUCUCUCUCCAGAGAUCUUCGACAUAUUAAACAAGGUUCUUAAGUCUGAUGAAGACAAUGCUGCCGGAGAUAUCCAGCUUCUCUGCAAACUAUUUUCGGGCGAGCGCUGCUCAUAUUACUUCUCUACAGAGGAAAGCAGAUUGAUCCUUCCAAUUACGCCCUUCUGUCUCCUUGGUUCCACGCAACUGGUAAAUGCUGCCAAACUGAUCGCACGCAUGGAUCAAGGACACGGCCUAGUGGAUAGAAUACUUCUUGCCAUCCCCCUUGCCUUUCGUCCAACCCUUAUUGAAAUGGAGGCAGCCACCGAUUAUUUAUCCACCGAGGUGGUAAGUGACUUCUCUGAAAUGUUCGAGAAUAUAAAUGGAAUUGACGAAAACGUUGAACUCGUUUUCGACGACGGAGGGAAGGAGCUACUCAGGGAGAAAAUGGACGAGUUCGUAGCUGAGGUCAAUGAAGCCAUCAGAAAUGGGAAAGUGCCACCCAAAUCAAAGAUGCCAGAACUUAUUCCGAGAACAGCUUGCGCUCUACAUGUCUUUAAUCACGCCCUGGAAGAACUAUUGGCCGGUGUACCCUCGUCACAGCCUGAUACAACGAUAUCCAAAACGACACUAGAAAGUGCAGCAUCUUUCGUGAAUCACCUCGAGACACAGAAGGAAAUACUCUGUCAGGUUAGCAAUCAUAACAACAAAAACUUGCAUUUUUCUUUAAUUACCUCUAUUGUACGCACAUUCCAAUUAUUCUUAGUAGAAACUCGGCCUUGUCCUAUUGAAAAUCCGCUUAUUUCAUUUGUUCUAUAA